GUGAGGGAGGGAGGGAAACGACCGGAGAAGAGGAGACUGGCUCGGUCGGUACAGCUACAUCUACAACCGAGUAGAACCAAGAGAAGAGCGGAAGGGCAUUCACACCUUCUCAUCCGCACACAAGAAUAUCUCCAUCUCCUGUGUCCCUCCAUCUGUCAGUCCAGCUUUUUUUUGUCUCUCUCUUCCUUCCACUUAUCUCGGAUAUUAUGAGCUCCAGCUUGCUAGAAAACCCGGUGCAGGCGAUUCUGUACCUCCGGGAGCUCACCACGAUCGUGCAGAACCAGCAGAGUCUCAUCCAGACCCAGCGCGCACGGAUAGAGGAGCUGGACAGGCGGGUGGACGAGCUCAUCGGCGAGAACAGGCACCUGCGGGACGUCAGGGUGCAACAGCAGCUCCCUUACCUUCACCAUCAUCCCCAUCAUGCUCUCCCGGACGCCAGUUGCCUUCACCAUCACCACUACCCGCAGGAUCCCCAGCUCAAGACUACGACGGGGUCUCUGCCAGAACAUGCGGCAACACCAGCGCAGGUUGAGGUGUCUCCUGGCGUCCAGCCCCCGCCUGCCCAACCUAUGGACCCGGGGGACAUGCAGUUGGUCCCAGCGGACCCCUCUACGAUUUCCCCCAUUGAGAGUGAGUCGGAAAACGGUGGAAGUUGCCCCAGUUGCAAAUCCUUGGUUCCGAUGACCCCAACAACUCUUUGUCGAUCCCUGACCCUGUCAAGGCAAUCCGAGAGUGAGACCGUGCUGCAUCAGUUUUGCUGCCCCGCCCCUGAACAUCCGGAGACCGAUACCUCAGGAUCAUCAAGCGGACAGAUCCUGAGCCUGGAGGAUGGGAUGUCCUCUGGUGGAGGACAGGAAGUGAAGGGGCUGAAGAGGGAGGGACCCAGCGAGUACGAGAUCAAUUUGGAGAACAAAAACAAACAGAUAGAGGAGCUAGAGCAGAAGUAUGGAGGCCAUCUGAUCGCAAGACGGGCAGCGCGCCGCAUCCAGACGGCCUUCCGCCAGUACCAGCUCAGCAAGAACUUCCAGAAGAUCCGCAAUUCUCUGUCAGAGAGCAAGCUGCCUCGCCGCAUCUCCCUGCGCCAUCCCAGCCCUUCAUCCCGGAGCAGGAAUGCGGCCCAGAGACACAGUUACACUCUGCAUCCGGGAGGUGGACAGAUUCCCUUACGCUCAAAAACUCCUCCUCCACCUCCAUGUCGCUCCACAUCUCUUCCCCCGUCACCAGCGUCAGCCCCAGCAAAUGUCCCGUCAUCAGCUCCAAGUCAGGCUCCAUCUCAGACAUCUGGACCUACACUCACACAGUUAGAAGACUGCUUCUCUGAACAGCUUCACUCCUUGGCUCAGUCCAUCGAUGAUGCUCUUCGUGGUUGGAGCCUGUCAGAGGGAGGAGAGGGGAAGGGACUUCUGAUGGACCCCGGGGCCCUUCGUGCAGCUGCAGAAAGUGCCGGCCUGCCCCGCAGCGCCAGCUCCCUGCUUAUGGCUUUCAGGGAUGUAACUGUUCACAUAGACAGCAAUAGCUCCUACACCAUCUCAUCCGCGACCACCACAACCACCACCUCUCUGGGAAAUGCAAGUGGAGGAGAACCAGGCAGCAGGAAGCCCUCUGUUAGUGGGACAGGCGGAGGAGGGGAUGGGCAGUCGAUGGAGGAACCCGAGUUUCCUGCCCCUCCGCCCAGUGAGGAGCUGGAAAUGGUCGAUCCGGGAUCUAGGAGGGGGUCUGCGGCACCAGCUGCAGCAGGGGUUGGGAUGGAGAGGGAAAACAGCUCAGACAGACUGGAAUCCUCCACUUCCACCUCUACCUCCACGUCAAUCUCCACCUCAGUGCAGUCUAAUCAGCAACCUGCUCAAAUUUACACACAGUACCAGCAGUAUCACUACACUCAUCCCCAGCAGGUCCCCGAGGGCCCGAGUCCGGAUUCCCUGCAGGCCCUUGUCGUCUCUCUGCCAAGGGACCGCUGCCAGGAUCCAGCCUCCUGUCGCUCCCCAACCCUGUCCACCGACACACAUCGCAAACGCCUCUACAGGAUCGGACUCAACCUGUUCAACGUGAAUCCCGAGAGGGGCAUCCACUUCCUGAUCACGCGUGGUUUUGUCCCGGACACGGCUAUAGGUGUGGCACACUUCCUACUGCAGAGGAAGGGCCUCAGUCGACAGAUGAUUGGAGAGUUCCUGGGCAACAGCAAGCUGCAAUUCAACAGGGAUGUCCUCGACUGUGUGGUAGAUGAGAUGGAUUUCUCAGGGAUGGAACUUGAUGAAGCUCUGAGAAAGUUCCAGGCUCACGUUCGAGUUCAAGGAGAAGCACAGAAGGUGGAGAGACUCAUCGAAGCCUUCAGUCAGCGGUACUGUAUGUGUAACCCUGAUGUGGUGCAGCAGUUUCACAACCCAGACACCAUCUUCAUCCUGGCCUUCGCUGUGGUCCUCCUCAACACCGACAUGUAUUCUCCCAACAUCAAGCCGCACCGCAAAAUGGGGCUCGAUGAUUUCAUACGCAAUCUGAGAGGUGUGGAUGAUGGAGCAGACAUCCCCAGAGAGAUGGUUGCAGGCAUUUAUGAAAGGAUUCAGCAGAGAGAGCUGCGCUCCAACGAAGACCAUGUCACAUAUGUGAGUCGUGUGGAGCAGUCCAUCCUGGGCCUGAAGACAGUCCUCGCUGUGCCCCACAGACGGCUGGUGUGCUGCUGCCGUCUGUUUGAGGUUCCCGAUGCCAACAAACCUCACAAACAGAAACUCUCUGCGCUCCAAAGGGAGGUGUUCCUCUUUAAUGACCUGCUGUUGAUCCUGAAGCUGUGUCCCAAGAAGAAAAGCUCAGCUUCAUACACUUUCUGUAAAGCUAUGGGUCUUCUGGGAAUGCAGUUUCACCUCUUCAGCAAUGAGUAUUAUGCUCAUGGUAUUACCAUGAUGAGCCCCUUUACCUCAGAGAAGAAGCAGCUGGUUAGUUUCUGCUCUCCCAGCGGAGAGGAGCUCAGGAAGUUUGCAGAGGAGCUCAGAGAAGCGAUCGCAGAGGUCAACGAGAUGGAGCAGAUUCACAUUCAGUGGGAACUGGAGAGGCAGCAAGGGAUCCAGUCGCAUGGUUUACACACCAAUGGUGGGCAAAUGGACACACACACGAGACAUGGCUCUCCCUCAGGCCAACAGGAUGUGUAUGAUAAAACUGGCAACAACAACACAGUAGAGGUGUCAAUUCACAACAGGCUGCAGACCUAUCAGCUGAGCCAGCCCAGCAUUGAGUCCGCACCCCUGGCCCUGGCUGCACCCCCCACCCUGCUCAGCCCCGUCCAGGCCGGAGAGCUCCGCCCAGAGACCCUCAUCCAGUGCCAGCAGAUUGUCAAGGUGAUCGUUGUGGACCAGAGCGGACGGGGACGGAUGGAGGCGUUUCUCAGCCAAGGCCCGGCGACCCAUCAGCUCAUCCAGUCUGCCAUGUCUACUCCUGUCCGAGUCAGAGCGGGAGACGGACCCCAGCCGCCCCUGCCGCCUCCUCCUCCACCUUACAACCACCCGCACCAGUUCUGUCCACCUGACUCGCCGAUGCCCUUCCACCACACCAUGCCCCUCACCCGCCGGCGCAACUCCAGCGGCUCCCGCAGCAUUGUAUGAAAAAAAAAAAAAAAAGUUGAUCCUCACACUUGCACAAAGUCGGUGUAGCACAAGUCAACGCAAAAAAUGUUGAGGAAAUACUAUAUAUGUGGAAGGAAAAAGAAAAUCAAGAAUCUACUCAUAGAACUUGACAAAACUGUGUGAUUUGUUUUGAAUGUGAGCUUUAAUAGUGGUUCUGAAAGACAUCUUUUACUUCUUUUGUCUCCAAAAUGUCACCCAGUAUUAACUGACGUAGCCUGUCUACAUUUCCCAGUUUUUAAGAAAUAUGCUUUGUUUGCAUUUUUAAAUGUCAGCCAUCAGGCAAAUGUCUCAGCAAGCUCGGAUUAAGAAACCAAGCGAAAGAAAAUCUGUCCUCAAAUGACAAGAAUGAAGGACUGUUUUCUGUUCGGGAUAUUAAUAUUGCUCUUCAUUGGUGUGGAUCUUUACUGGAGUGAAUGUGAGGAAAUCUUUCAAUGAUGAUGCCUAAUCUGAAAAAAAUACAAGUUAACAGGGCCUUGAAAAAGUACUAAUAUCACUUGAAUUUAUUCACAAUGAGCUUGGUUACAAAAAUUUUAAUCUAUUUUCUUGGGAUUUUACAAAGUGAUGCAGAAUUAUAAAGCAGAAGGAAAAGUAAUGUCUUUUGCAUUUUUAUGUAGCGUUCUGGGUAAAUAUGUAGCUAUACCUCAUUUUGAUGCGAUCCAAGCUGUAAGAUCUUUGAACUAUAUUCACCAGCGUUGCACAUUCAAUAAGUGAAUUUUUGACCAAAUUUACUUUAUAAAAUAGUCCAAGCUUAAUCGUAUCGCAUGUAUGUACAUUAAUUUUAAAGUCUUGCUGAAGAUUCAAAAUUGGAUUUAGGUUUUAACUUUGACUAAGCCAUUCUCAAACACAAAUGGUUCUGGCUGUGUGCUAGGGUCAGUCCUUAAUGGCAAAUGAACCUCUUCCCAAGUCUUAUUGUGUCCAUUUUCUAAUAGAUUUUUCUUCCUGUAUUUAGAUACAUCACUGCUUAUAAACUGACCAGCUUCUCUGUUCCUGAUUAAAAAACAAAAAUGCAUCCUCACAUUACAAUGAUACCAAUACUAUGUUUUGUCGUGAGGACAGUGUUCUUAGGGAGAGAUGCUUUGUUAGCAUUUCACAUAUAAUUUUAUAUUUGGGCCAAAAGGUUUAAACUUGGUCUUAUCUGACCAGAGCAUCUUUCUGCACAUAUUUUCUGUCCCCCUGCUGUGACAUUGUUGUAUUCAUACAGAGGUGGAAUUACCAACUCCUACAUAUAAACAUAAAAUAUAAAAUGAAAACCAACAUUUUACUUUUACUGCUCUAUUAUGCAGUAACUCGUGUUUGUCUACCAUGUAAAAUCCCAAUAAAAUACAUUGACGCUUGUGGUUGUAAUAUAAAAGAUGUGGAAAAACUUCAGGCAUAAAUACUUUUGCAAGGUAAGGUAUUUGGUUGCCUAGUCUUGAUUUUCUUGGAAACAAAACAGAUCUAUGAAAAAAGCAGGAAUGUGAGGGGGAAACAUAUGUCAGCUGAGGUGCAGUGUCAGAAGCAAAGUUGUUCCCACUCACCCAAAAAAAAUACCUAAAAGAAUUUCUCAAUGACAAUCAUCUUUUUGUGCUUCAUUGUGUGUUUUGCUAAAACUGUCUCAUUUCUUGCUGCUCUUAUUCAGUGGAUUGUUGCUCUGACGGGAAAGACUGCUGCACUGCAACAUGUGAUACUGCAUCUGCACCUCACAGAGAGCAAAGUGUGUGUGCACCAUGUGUAUUCGGGCUGCUUACUCAUGGGCCACUGGGAUUUGGGCCGAUAAUUCAUUCAAAACAAGGCUAAAACAGGCGCUCACAGAGCCUUUCUUCUCAUGUACAUUUACUCCUGUGAAUACCAAGUGUGAAUACCCAUGUUACUUUUGGAUUUAGAGUAUAUCUUAAAAAAGCCCAGAAAAAGCGCUAUUAUUAAAUCUUGAAAUGAUGCUACACAGGGUAGAUACCUCAGAGUUUUCACUGUUAUAUUUUCCUUAAAUAACUGGAACAUUUCACAAGCAGAGAUGCAUUUCUGCGAAUGUUUAGCUGGAGAAAAAACUGAAGAUGUCUAAGAAAUGAUUCUGUAUUUCAUCACUGUGUUGAUUGCUCAGCAUAGAUGGUGUCUGACUUGAGCCAGUAUAUAUAGCACAUCACUAAGUCUUUUUGCACCACAGAAUAUAUUGGAUAUAUUGUAAAUAGAUUAAAUAGAUUUAUUCUGGAAAAAAAAAGUGAUCGGUUUGCCCAGUGUGUGUAUCUACGUAUGUAUUUGUACAGAGAAAAAUCUAGUUUAAAAGAAAAAAAGAAUAAUAUAGUUAUUAUAGUUACUAUUCACGUUUAUUACUGGGGUUGUCCUAAAUGCAAACCCCCUUAUGAGAGUCCGGAAACAGGCAGUUUUUUGUAGCGUAAACAGUUUAAUUACUGAUCUAGAUCCAUCAUUAAAGAGUCAUAUCAUAUUAUAACAACGUUUCUAAAAGAUGGCAGUGGCACCUGUGAAGGUGUGUAAAGGGCUAUGCUGUAAUGGUGAACACAUACAGUAAAAUUCACCAGUCAAACACAUACCCACACACACACACGCCUACAACCUACACAUAGCUGCUAAAACAACAAAUUCUGAUUAAAUUUACUGCUUGAUUUAUUAAGUCAGCAACCCCACUUUGUUUACUAUGAACUCUGACUGGCUCCUACUAUAACGCAUGAUAAUUUUAUUUUGUUUUCUUUUUUAUUAUUUACAGAACACAACAGGAGCUCAAUGCUAUGUUUGUUUCAUUAUUGUCAGGGCAUGUUGGGUUUGAUUGAUGUCAUUUUCUCCUCCCUCUCUCCCGUUCUUUUCCCUUCUCUUCUCUCUGUGGCUGUCAUGGAGACGCACCAAAUCUGCAUCCUCCUUGUGCAGCACCGUCAGUUAAUCUUUGCAUCCUCACGGUAUUUCUAACCAGGAAAUUUCUUAAAGAACAAUGUGUUUCCUAUUGGAAUUUCUAAGCUUUUCUGUUUCGAGAAAAUGAAAGAAUAAAGUAGUUUUUACUCUCGGG